ACAAGUUGACCGUUACCCUCUAUACUGUGGUAAAAACUCGGAGAUUGUUAUUUUAGUGUAGAAGAUCUCUGCCUGUAGGUCCCCCUUCGUAGAAGGGCUCUGGUUGUAAGUGAGCUGCAGGUGGACGAAUCUUCACGUUCUAGCUUUGCUCUUGCGACACCUAAACGUCAUCGCUCAAACGUAAACAAGGAAGUAAUGAACUGUGAAAGAGCUGAGCGCUCCCGUCUUCUGAAGCCGACAUUGUCAGUCUAGACUGUUUUUUGUGUUUUUACUAAUAUUAACGUAUGUAAUUAUGCGUGACAUUUGUAAUCCUACAUAUCAUAAAGGAACUCUGGAAAAAGCACACGACACACUUCCCCUGUCUGAGUAGACAAUAUCUCAAAGAUUUAGAUAUGUUUUCACAAGACAACUGCUAUUCUGAAUUGGGCCUCAACAGAGCAAACACUAUUACAGCCUAUUGUCUAAAGCUGCCGCAUUAAGUUUAAUGAUUUACUACAAUCUGGUAACCAGUAGCUAUCCGAAAUAUCACAACCUUUAUAGUUUGCUAGAAAGACCAUCCUAUAAAGCAAAGUCCUAACCUGACAGAUCUUUAGCCUGCUUUUAAGAAUAAGUGUUUUGCAUGGUAAACUAGGUGGAUCUUGCAUAUCUACAGAUACUAUUUGUUUAUAAUGUGAUUUUAGGAAAAAUUAUACUUAUGUUUAUAUGUUGAUAAAUAUGCAGUAUUCACCUAUAAUGGCAUCACCUGUCGAUGUUAUCGUGGUUGGAGCUGGUAACAGAGGGACAAACUAUUCUGACUAUGCUGUGAUUUAUCCUAACCGCAUGCGGGUAGUUGGAAUUGCUGAUCCGAGAGAUUUCGCUCGAAAGAAACUACAGCAGCGACACAAAGUAUCCGAUGAAAACACGUAUGAUGAUUGGCGUUGUAUAGCAGAGAGAGAGAAGUUUGCAGAUGCUGUAUUGAUCUGCACUCCUGAUCGCCUUCACAAGGACCCUGCUGUGGCUUUAGCUAAGAAAGGCUACCACAUAUUGCUGGAGAAACCAAUGGCAGUUACUGAGGAAGACUGUUCUGAGAUUGUCGAGACCUGCAUUCAGAGUGGUGUCAUGCUCGCAGUGUGCCAUGUUCUCCAAUACGAUCCUGUCAUCCACAAAAUAAAAGUGCUCAUUGACAGCGGAGCUAUCGGAGAUGUUAUCCACAUUCAACAUUUGGAACCGGUGGGGUUCUAUCAUUUUGCUCACUCCUUUGUCAGAGGAAACUGGAGAAACAAGGCAGAAAGCUCUUUUGCUCUGUUAGCCAAGUCUUGCCAUGAUUUGGAUCUGAUUCAUCAUUGGGCUGGUGGACGAAGGUGUAUCAAAGUUUCAUCCUUUGGGUCCCUUAGCCACUUCAGAAAAGAGAACAAGCCAGCUAGGGCUGCAAAUCGUUGUUUAGACUGUCCUAUAGAAGAGGAAUGUGCAUACUCUGCAAACAAAAUCUACUUGGAUCGAGUGAAAAAAGGGAUUGUUGGUUGGCCGGUCUCAGUGAUUUGUUCCAACUCAAUUCCUGAUAUUGAAUCUGUAACUGAAGCUCUCAGAACAGGACCUUAUGGCCGCUGCGUCUAUGAAUGUGAUAAUGAUGUGUGCUCAAAUCAGGUGGUAAACAUGGAAUUUGAAGGAGGUUUGACUGCUGCUUUUACCAUGGUAGCGUUUACAGAAGAAAUAUGUCUACGCAGAACAAGCAUCUAUGGUAGUAAGGGGGAACUGACAUAUGAUGGACAUGAAAUCAAAGUGUUUGACUUCCUCACUAAUAAGAUCACAAAGCACACAGCAGACAUGGAAGUGCCUGGUGACUUUGGUAAAGGAGGUCACGGGGUUGCAGAUUAUCACCUUAUCGACUCGUUCACUGCAGCUGUUAUGCAUAAGGAUCCGACUAUGAUUAGGUCAGGUCCUAAGGAGACACUAGCAAGUCAUAGACUGGUGUUUGCGGCUGAGCGUGCCCGUUUGGAAAACAGAGUUGUGAUCUGUGAUGAGCAGAAGAGUUGAUUAAUGUACUGUAUAUAAGAACACUAAAUACUAAAUAUAUUUCAUAUUCCACUUCAUAAUCACAUUAGUCUGUUUGUGAUGUAUAUUCUCUUGUGAUGUUUUUUUUUUAAUGAACCAAUGAAGAAAAAUAGGCUUUAUUUUCAAUAUAGUCAUGUUUGUUUUAUUGAAAAAUCUAAAUAAUUAUAAUAACACUGAACUGAAUCAUAUUUCUCAUGUAUAUUGUAACCGAUACUUAAACGUAUUCUUGAAUAAAUGAUCCAGAUUUAUUCAUUUGAACCACUGACAUCACUGCCUCAGCCUAUGAAGGAAUUUGAAAAAGUCAACUAUUUAUGUUAUGUUAUGAGAUCAUUUAUAAAAGAUAAUGAUGUGGGGUUAUAAACUAACAAGAAUAAAAGAAUUACAUUUCUUAUCAUUUUGUACAAUUACAAUAAGACUAAUUAGAAGUUUUUUAUUUGGUGCCGUCCAUAAUUUGAGAAAAAGAUGUAUUUUACAUAAUCAAAGACAAAUAAAAUUCAGGUUUUGAUCUGCAAA